UUCUCAAGAAAGAAAAAGAAAAAAAAAGGAAUAGAAAGAUAUCAAUCAUGUUCAUCUUGGAUUUCAAAAGCCGACCCUCAUUCGACCCAUCAAGGUUCUCAUGCCCAGGUAUGCCAAGCUCCAUCUACCAUUUAAGCUCAUCCUGUCGGCGCCAUUCGAAUUUUUCAUUUGUGCAAGAUUGUGAGCCAAGUCGGCCUUUCUUCCCAUCUGCUCUAUCAAUUGUGCAAUGAUGCGGAUGGGGUUUUCUCGCCUCUACUCCCAACAUCAAUCAAUGAGCAGUAACUACUCUUGAACCCAUUUUACCUAGCUCGGAUAGCAGACUUGCUAAACUUUGAACUUUCCCGUCUAUUGAGCUAGAGAAUUCAAUUGCAAAGAUAAAUAUUUGACGUCGGCCGCAUAUGGAUCUCACAUUUCGUUGUCCUUUUUUUCUUCAUCUCCCCAAAGCUCUUUCCCUGAAAGCCUUUUCCCUCCCCUUCAGCCUCUUAUCUUGACACGCUUCUUUGUGGUGGUGCCGUUCGCGAGAUGUUCAGUUCUCGAUUUUCUACCACUCUCAGAAGUUUGUUGGUGUUUUCAUUACUCGCUGCCAUCACAAUUGCUCAGAUCACGCUCACGGGCUGCCAUAUCCAGGAAGGACGAGAAGUAUGUUUCCUUCCCGGGGGGGCCAAAACCACGAUUAGCAGCAGCACUUCCACUCCAACCCCAACUCUAACCCCAUCUCCAACUCCAGCUUCAGUGGCUGCAGAGACGACUGGAAACGUUCAGACUACUGCCAUUACUGACUGCCACCAACAUGAUACUACUCAGUAUUGUGUAAAAGGCAAUGGCGAAGAGGUUCAAGUAUUAGUGACUGCCACUGGUAGUGAAGCUCUCCCUACCGCUUACAGUGGCUGUCAUUCUCACGGCUCUGCCAUGUUCUGCUUGAGACCCGAUGGUGCUGAAGUUGAGGUCGUGGGUUCUACUGAAGAGGCGACUUCCACUGAACAAGAAAGUUCUGCGGAGUCUGAAGGUGGAGAGAACUGCCACUUCCAUGCCGGCGUUGAACACUGUGUUGGUGAUUCCGCUAAGGCAACCUGCGAACGAAAAGAUCGUGAUUACAAUGUCAAACUCCGCAUUGGGUUGUUGUUUGUCAUCCUCUUUACAAGUGCAAUCGGGGUUUAUGCUCCAAUUUUUAUGGCGCGAGUUCUAAAAACCAAAGGAACUGGAAUCGUUUUCACCAUUGUUAAGCAGUUUGGAACUGGUGUUAUCAUCGCCACAGCCUUGAUCCAUCUUGCGACCCACGCUUCAUUAAUGUUUAGCAACAGUUGUCUUGGUGAAUUGAAAUAUGAAGCAACCACAACCGCUAUCAUGAUGGCGGGUGCAUUUAUCGCUUUCUUGAUCGAAUUCACUGGUCAUAGACUCGCACAUUGGCGCCAGCAAUCUACCAUAGAAAGUCAAACUGUCAAUAUCAGUUCACAAGACAACUCACGUGAAGAAGCGGCAGUGAAAGGCCACCCUACAUCUACGCUCGCGCACCUAAGCCACCACCACGACAUCACCAGUGUUGGAACCACCCACGCCAAUAAUGGUAUCAGUAUCUUCAUCCUUGAGGCUGGUAUCAUUUUCCACUCCCUUCUCAUUGGUAUCACAUUGGUGGUAGCAGGCGACUCAGUCUUCAUCACCCUCUUUAUCGUCAUCGUCUUCCACCAGAUGUUUGAAGGACUUGCUCUUGGCGCCCGAAUUGCAGCAAUUGAUGGUCUUCACACCAUCAAGUACGGAAUCCUUCCAAUGGCCUUUACGCUUGUUACUCCAACUGGAAUGGCCAUUGGAAUCGGUGUUAUUAACAAGUUCAACGGUAAUGAUCCAUCGACAAUCGUUGCUCUUGGAACUUUGGAUGCCCUUUCUGCUGGUAUUCUUACCUGGAUCGGCUUUGUCAACAUGUGGGCUCAUGACUGGAUGUAUGGCGAGUUGAGGAAUGCUGAGUUGACCAAGACUGUAAUUGCUUUGAUCAGUCUAAUGGGAGGUAUGGCGUUGAUGGGGCUGCUAGGAAAAUGGGCAUGAAAAGCGGUGGUUCAAUGAUUUGACUGAAGCCGUGUUCCAUGAUCUUUGAAGAUUGUGUUCAAGUAAUCUACAAGAUUAAAUUCAUUGAAGGGAUCUUGAAAAAGUACUUUAGGGUUGAUUCGAAGAGAAAAUGCACAGGCAUUCAUUCUUACUAUCAUUGAUAUAUCUCUGGAAUUUAAUAGGCACCCUCCUAAGAAGAAAUAGCAUACGAUGAUAGAAGCGCAUGGAUGAGGAUAGGAAGAAUACUAAAAUUCUAGAAGUCUCACAGAACUUUGAGCUCUUUGGUGGGAAGAUUGAAAGUCGGGUUGUCACUCUGAUUUCUUCGUCGAAAAUUACUCACUGAUUGACUCUGACGAGUAAAUAUUUUUCUUGAACGAUGAUUUAUCGUCACAUCAAAUUCAUUGUGUGUAGAGCCGACUUACUUGGUAUCAAGCAGCUAGAUUCAAACGCUGUCUGUGAGCCUUUGGAGGUCACUGUAUAUAAAUUGGAAAAUUAGACGCAUAGAUACUACGGAAGAAAGGAUCACUGCCUGAGUACAAGGUACUAAUUACUUCGAUGGCAACAUCACUCUUUCAGGAUUGCUUUAAUUGCUUUUUUUUCUCUUUCGCUUUGUAGAGACCAAGUGGGAAAUCAAAGCAA